GCGUUACGAAUGAACGGUUUCUCUAUAAACUGUUACAUUUCGAAGGCUUACAGUUUGAAGUAAUGUCAAGGAUAGAUCUUGAGCCGGUGUGUUAGCGUUCAAAGAUAACCGGAGCAUUUCUUCCUAACUGUAAUUUCCAAACGUGCAGGUGAGGUUCAGGUGAGUGAUGCCUGUGGAGUCCAGCAGUGACUGUCCCCAUCUGGAGUGUGUUGGAGAAAUCACCAAGGAUGAACUGAUCCACAAGUCACAUGGCCAGUGUCAAGACUGCAAGGUUGGAGGACCAAAUCUGUGGGCGUGUCUGGAGAACAGCUGUGCCUAUGUGGGCUGUGGAGAGUCUCAUGCUGACCACAGCACUGUCCACUCACAGGAGACGCGGCACAACCUGACAGUGAACCUGACCACUCUGAGGGUGUGGUGUUAUGCCUGUGGGAAAGAGGUGUUCCUGGAGCGUAACCCGGGCCCUCACUGCCCUGUGCCCAGCACCAAGACCCUCGCUUCACCUCAGACCAACAACACACAGGAGCGUAGCAGGGCGCAGGGCAGUCCCACUUCUCUGAGACUGCCCCCUACUAAUGGCUGUGAAGACCUGGGCAUGGAGACAGAGGAGGAGGACGAGCUACGCGCCAGAGGUCUGACGGGACUGAAGAACAUCGGGAACACCUGCUAUAUGAAUGCAGCUCUGCAGGCCCUCUCCAACUGUCCUCCUCUUACCCAGUUCUUUGUGGAGUGUGGAGGUCUGGUGAGGACAGACAAGAAGCCUGCUCUGAGUAAGAGCUACCAGAAACUGGUGUCAGACCUCUGGCACAAGAACAGGCCAUCCUAUGUGAUCCCUACCAAUCUGUUCCAGGGGAUCAAGGCUGUUAACCCCAUGUUCAGAGGAUACUCCCAACAGGACUCUCAGGAGUUCCUGCGCUGUCUGAUGGACCAGCUCCACGAGGAGCUGAAGGAGCCACUGACCGAGCCCCCCGACAACGACCAACACUCGCACGCCAUCGCCAUGGACGACUGCCCCGACGACGACAGCCGCAGCCAAUCUGACGGCGACUUCCAGUCGUGCGAGUCUUGCGGCAGCAGCGAGCGGGCGGACAACAAAGGCGGGAGCGGGGAUGGUCGGUCGGCUGCGCCGCCGUCGGGGGAGGAGUCUAACGAGGCACAGAUGCUGAUCCCUGAUGGACCUGACUCCUCCCACUCCUCGCGUCAGACCAAUAGGGAGUGGCAGAAGGAGAAGAACCUGAUCAACAACCUCUAUCGGGGGUCAGGGGGCGCAGGGUCGUCAGGGGGAGACCUAUAUAAAGACGUGGAUACCACUUCCGAGGCCGUGCCCAUCAUCAGCAGCCAGGGGGCCAUCAAGGUCCAGAUACAAGGAAACAUGGCUGACUCAUUCCCCGAGGUGGUCUCCAGCAGCACCCGACCCCAGACUCCAGUCCCCAUGGAAGGACACUCCUUCACCAAGAUGUCCUCCAGUCCACCCAAGAACAACUGUGUCUGGCCAGGAAUCUCCUCCAGCCAUCUGAAAAUGACCUCGUUUUCCUCACCGAAGAGCAAGCGUCAGAGGAAGUACCGUAGUGUGAUAUCAGACGUGUUUGAUGGGACCAUCGUCAGCUCAGUGCAGUGUCUGACCUGCGAUAGGGUGUCAGUGACCCUAGAGAACUUCCAGGACCUGUCCUUGCCCAUCCCAGGUAAGGAGGACCUGGCUAAACUACACUCCUCCUCCCAUCAGACCUCGCUGGUCAAGGCUGGCUCCUGUGGAGAGGUCUACGCUGCUCAGGGAUGGGUCGCCUUCGUUAUGGAAUACAUCAAGAGCUGGUUCUGGGGACCUGUGGUGACCCUACAGGACUGUCUGGCUGCCUUCUUUGCCCGGGACGAGCUGAAAGGAGACAACAUGUACAGCUGUGAGAAAUGCAAGAAAUUACGUAACGGAGUGAAAUUCUGUAAAGUUCAGAGUGUACCAGAGAUCCUGUGCAUCCACCUGAAGCGGUUUAGACACGAGCUGAUGUUCUCCACUAAGAUCGGGACUCACGUCUCCUUCCCAUUGGAGGGCCUGGACCUGCAGCCCUUCCUGGCCAAGGAUAGCUCCGCCCACACCACCUCCUACGACCUUCUGUCAGUCAUCUGUCACCAUGGCACCGCCAGCAGUGGUCACUACAUAGCCUACUGCAGGAAUGACCUGAACAACCUGUGGUAUGAGUUUGAUGACCAGAGCGUCACCGAGGUGUCAGAGUCCUGCGUCCAGAACGCUGAGGCCUACGUCCUGUUCUACAAGAAGAGCAACGAGGAGGCGCUGAAGGAGAGGAGGAGGGUGACCGGUCUACUGAACGUGACAGAGCCCAGCCUGCUACAGUUCUACGUCUCCAGACAGUGGCUCAACAAGUUCAAGACCUUCGCUGAGCCUGGACCCAUCUCCAACGAUAACUUCCUCUGUUCACACGGAGGUGUGCCUCCUGCCAAAGCAGCGUUCAUUGAUGAUCUGGUCGUGAUGCUGCCUCAGAACGUGUGGGACCACCUCUAUAGCAGGUAUGGAGGCGGGCCUGCUGUCAACCACCUGUAUGUGUGUCACACGUGUCAGACGGAGAUUGAGAAGUUGGAGAAGAGACGCAAGACUGAGUUGGACAUGUUUGUCCGGCUGAACAAGGCGUUCCAGGAGGAAGAAUCUCCAGUGGUCAUCUACUGCAUCAGCAUGCAGUGGUUCAGAGAGUGGGAGGGCUUCGUCAAGGGAAAAGACAAUGAUCCACCAGGACCAAUCGAUAACUCCAAGAUAGCGAUCAACAAGAAUGGUCAUCUGACACUCAAACAAGGGGCUGACUCUGGGCAGAUCUCGGAGGAGACCUGGAACUUUCUCCACUCCAUGCACGGAGGGAGUCCCGUCGUCACGGUCCGGCCCAACGUCUCUCACCCCGAACCAGAGGCGUCCUCGCAGUCCGAGGAGAAGAUGGAGGUGGAGACGCGCUCCGUUUAACACUACCUAGUUAACUACAUCAACAGAACACCCCCAAACGCCAGCCCUGAGGACAACAACAACUAAAGCCUUUUAUUUUGCACUUGGCUUUUUUUUCUUCUUCUCAAAAGCAUUCGAUCAAAGGACUUCCUUAACCUCCGCAACAUGACGGCUCUUCUUGACUACUGGGCAGAAGGAAUAAACAUGUCUGAAAAUGAUAUGAUGACAGUCAUGUUUGUACAUAGAUGUAUAAAUAUCUAAUUUCUAUUAGCGCUGUAACAUAAUGCGUGGAAACGGUGUCCGGUCGUUUCCAGAACUAAAGCAUUUAUCCAUUUUGUGUGCAGCUAAAAUGAUUUUUUUCCCUGAAUGCUUAUUUUCUUUAUUUUUUUUCUUCUCUCUCUCUCUUGACCAAAAUUGAGCCGAUGUCUUGUGGGAAAAGCUAGAAAAAUCACACCGCAUCUUUACUGUAGAUAUUAAAACGUUAUCUUACCUGUCCUUAGGAAAGAAAAUACUGUCCUAGAAGUGAAUGCUUAGAAAAGUGCUAGCUCUUACAUGUUCCUUAAAGUGAAGAAGGAUCUUAAAAAGAUAAAGAUGAUCAAGAAGGGAUAUACUAAAUAACUAUACGAUAUAGUCUCAAGAAAGACUGGUAUCUUUUGCUCUGUAGAUGGGUUAAGAUGACGUGUAUUUAAAUGUACCAGUGCGUUAUGGAUAGAAGAACUAACCUGAGUCCGAAGUCUCAGCACUUCCUUGUUAUUUACCCCCCCCCAUUGGCCAGACCAGGGGGCUGAUUUACUAUGGCACUCUAUUCCCUAUAUAGUGCACUACUUUGGGCCAGCGCCCCAUGGAACCCUAUUCCCUAUAUAGUGCACUACUUUGGGCCAGUGCCCCAUGGAACCCUAUUCCCUAUAUAGUGCACUACUUUGGGCCAGCGCCCCAUGGAACCCUAUUCCCUAUAUAUAGUGCACUACUUUGGGCCAGCGCCCCAUGGGAAAUAGUGUGGAGGCAUUUGAUGUUAAUAGCCUUUUUGCAUAACAUAUGUGGCAGGCAGGCUCUCAGUUCACAAUGCAUGCUUUAGAGGGGACCCCAGUCACUCAAACAAGCCAGGGUUGGGGUCAAUCCCAUUUCCAUUUAGGAAGUCAACUGAAAUUCCAAUUCUAAUUUUCCUCAAUGCUUCUCUGUGAGAAAAAAUGUGGAAUUGAAAUGGAAUUGGCCCCAAACCUGACGUCCUAAUGAUUGAAAAACUUGCUGGCCACAUAUCACAUUAAAUUGCAUGUAAAAUUGCUCACUCAUUGCAUAAUAUGUACUCAAUGAAUCACAAACUUCUGUGGCUAUCUGAAAUGUAUAUGUACAGAAUUACAUAACAAUCAAUUCGUCAGUGGAAGGCAUUAGUUUGUGUAUAAGGGUAUGGUGUUGCUUAUGGUAUGUGGUCCCUGAAGGCCGAAGAAGCAAUCUAGAUAAUGCUGUAGGUAUGUGAACUAUAGAGCAUAAUGCAUAUCAUGAACACGUCUGUUCUGAUUGGCUGAUAUGAUUCUAAUAAACCCUGAUGUUGAAUAGUGUAA